AUGAGCAAUAUCAACAACCCACCUCGAAAGGAUCGUUUUGUUUAUUCGCCUACAGGAUCCAUUCCUAAAAGAGAGAAAACAAUGUAUAUGGGUGGCUCCCUUGGGAGACCUGAUUUGAAGCAAACUUCCUCAACUUGCAGAGUUAAUUUACCAUCGGCAUCAGGGUCAUCUUACAAGAUAUUUCAUCACCAUAGUCAUUCAAACCAGAUGUUUACCAAUGAUAGUUCAGGAACAGGAGCCAGGCCUUCUUUGAACCCUAGACACACUUUCAAUGGAACGUACACCGGUCUGGGAGGCAUUUCAUCUGAUGACAAUUCGAGUUUAGGGCAUAGAGCUAGGAGAAGUGGUAGUAGUCCGUCGCAUAAGAAUAAACAGUCAACCGGACUGGUUUUUAGCAGCAUUGCAGAUAGAGAGUUGGCUAGUAUUGAUAAGAUCAAUGAUCCGCUGGCGGAUUCAUUGGUAUGUGCAGGGAAGAGUCAUGUUGGGAUAUACAGGUUUAAUAGAGAAGAUAGGUCCAUAAGAUUAGUUCAAGAUGUAACCAAGACAGAUUUAUCUUAUUCAAGAUUACAAUCGUCUUCGAUGUUUGCAUCUAGAAGAAACAGACAGUCGAAGUUCAGUACGAUAUCAGACGUCAAGAGUGGUUUCCAAAAUUUUAAUAAUUACAUUGCAGUCUGUGCAAACUCUACCUCGAUUUCGAUAUUUGAUAUCAACAAACCACCGAGUGAGACUAGUAAUCCCUUGAUUAUGUCACUUAAUGAGCACAAAAGAUCCGUAAAUAGUUUUGAUUUUAACAUGGUUCAGCCUCAUCUACUUAUCAGUGGUGGACAAGAUGGUUGUGCCAAGAUAUGGGAUCUUAGAGCCAACAAUAUGAAAAAUAAUGGGAGAUGUGAGGUGAAUAUUAACACAGCUUAUGAUUCUAUAAGAGAUAUUAAAUGGAUGCCGAGUUAUUCCUUCGUAUCUCCGAUUUCUAACGAAGGAACGCCAUCAUCGAUGGGUAGCUCAACUAGUUCGACACCGAGGUCCAAUUCAGGUUUCAAAUUUUCAUCUAUCCAUGAUUCUGGGGUACUACUCAAAUUUGAUUUAAGACAACCGCAACAAUUUGAAAAAAAAAUCAAUGCACAUACAGGCCCUGGUUUAUGUUUAAAUUGGCACCCUAAUUUAGAUUAUGUAGUCACCGGUGGUAGAGAUGGUAAAUGUUGCCUUUGGUAUAUUGGUGAUAGAGAUAUACAUGCAAAUAACCAGAAUAGUGUGGUCAAUGGAUAUAUCCCAUCGAAUCCGUCUGUAUUUCCGGAAACAACAAUUAAUUUUGGUUCCCCAAUAACUAAGUUGAAAUUUUGCCCUGCUUAUAAUAGUGAACCACAUAAUUCCUUACUGGCAAUAUCAUCAAUGGGAGACGAAGCUCAAGUCGGAAUAUACUCAUUGGCUAGGAAAUAUAUUCCAAAAUAUUUACUAGAGACAUCAGCAGCAUCGAUGGGUCUGGUAUGGUGGGAUUCUGAGAAUAUUUUCACAAUUGAUAAGAGAAAUAGAAUUAAUGGGUGGGACUUAACUCAUGAACCAACUGUAUUAGAAAAUUUACCAAAAACAGUGACCACUUGGAGAGAUAUAGAGGGCAACGGUCUUCUAUUUGUCAACCAAGAUGAAGGUACGUACGAUAUUACGGAUCCAUAUUUUGUUAGAGAAAACAUGCAUGACCAUACAGCUAACAACAGUAAUGUCAUGCUAUCAAAUGCCAGUAUUAACCAACCAGAGAUGGGUAAUAAAAGGAUACACUCUCCUCCAACUCCCAAUCCAAAUGAGAGGCCUUCUAUGUUCAAAAUGAAUUCUGCAUUCAAUAAUAAAAGUUUUGUGCCUUCCCCAAUUUCAUCAACCCCAUUAUCAACAACUUCAUCUAUCCAUUCAGGAACUAUACCCAUUGGUACUCAUGAUAACCCUAUAACAUCCAUAGAGUCACCCCUAGUGUUUACAGUUGAUUUGCCUAAAAUAAUUGGUAGUAUGAGAAUAGAGCAGAUUUCAAAAUUUCAGAGUUUAAGGAACAAGAAAAAAAUCGAUAAGGAGAGUUUAACUAAACUACAAGAGUCCCCCAUUGAGGUGUUUAAAUACCUUGCAAGAGAAUUAGAAUUCUCUAUUAAGCAUGAUGGAUGGGCAGAUCAGUUAGGUCGUAAGAAUAGUGUUAGCCAUCAAAGUGGGAGUGAAAGUCUACAGGAAGAUAAUGAGGAUACAGGAAAGAAUUUAAUGAAGAAAUUUGGUCUUGCAGAGAAUGGAACAUGGACCAAUUUAAUCAACAAGAAAAAUGAUCAGCAAGAAAGAAAAAUCUCAGAAGCUGGAUUGGGAAACAUUUCAAAUCCUGGGACUAAAUCAACCUAUCAAGAUACCUCCAGUAAUGAUGGAAGUAGUAAGUACAGUGGUGUUCAUCUCGAUGGUACAUCACGCACAGAUUCAAACUCCAUUAAACAUAGUAAUCAGAAUAGUGAUAACCACGAUACAACUUCGAGUAUAAAUCAACCUUUGGAACCAAGGAAUGAAAGAAUCAUGAAACUACAUGAAAGAAUGAGUAUGUUCAUAGAUUUUCUUUCCGUUGCAAGUCAUAAUGCAUCGGUUUAUGCAGAUAUUAAUGACGCAUUAAAUUUUAAAGUCUGGGUUCUAAUUAGAGAUACCAUCAUGUGGGAUUUAAAGAAGAUGGAUUCAUUACUGCCAAAAUCUAAUGAUCCCCUCAGUCGAACAAAAAAUCAUGAUACAGAGUCCGUAAAUUCUGCGGUAGUGGAAGAUACUGUAAUUCCUUUAACGAAUCUCCGUAAACAAUCUAUGAGUUCAGAAUAUAGUCGUUUUAAUGAAAGUAUACGCACAUCAUCACUAGUGGAAGAACACCCACAAAUAUUUAGAUCACCAUCUGAUGACUCCGGGGUAGAUCCAACCGACAGAGAGGCUAUUGUGAAUUUACGAAACCAAUUACGUAGAACAAAAGAAGAACCUGCCCAUAAAUUUGCAACAGCGGAGACCUUAAGGAAUAUAGAAGGUGAAGUUAUGAGUGCAUCACCCGGGGAGCAACGAGCCCUUUCUAACGAAAGUGCUUUUGACCCGGAUGAUGAAGAAGAAGAAGAAAAGGAUGAAGAAGUCAAACCAAAGGACGGAUCACCUGAGGGUAUCCCAAUUCUGAACAAUAGACGUCAGAGGUUGUCCUUCAUUGACACAUUUCUGUCGGAUGCACAUUCUCCUCUGGGUCAUUCCGAUGAAGAACAUAUUAGAAGUAGUAGUUUCACCAAAGGAAGAACAACUGGUGGCCCUUACUCUGAAUCCUUUGAUCAUCAUAGUGUUAGAAGUAAAGUGUCAUCUCUGGAUAGCAUCCCUAGUACGUAUCAAUCGCGUGCACCAUUUUUAAAGAGAUUAUCAGACACGAAGAAACUGGUCCCGACGAUAAAAGAAACAUUCUCAUAUGAGGAUGUCCUUAAAAGUGUAGAUAACCUGGAUGUGUUGGCAAAGACUGGUAUUAAAAAUGAUGGUAAUGAGCAAGCUAGGAAAAUUGUAACAAAACCAUCUCCACCACCAUGGGACACUAGAACCAUAUUACGUCAAGUGUACCAACAAGCUGCCGAAGGCGGGAAUAUCUUGUUGGCGGUAAACAUUUUACUGUUGUUCCAGGAUGUGUACCAACUUACGUCAUUACAUGUCGUAAAGAGUAGUGUUUCGGAAUUUAUAACAUUAUUACAUCGAUACGAACUGUUCGAGAUCUCGACUGCAUUACUUAAGUAUUGUGGUUGGGAUGAUAUCAUGGGCCCCGAAAGUGAACAAUCUGAUAUCCGUUUAUUCUGUGACCGUUGUGGUGAAUUAAUAGUGAAUGAACCUUCAAAGGAAAAAUAUACCCGCAGCUUACGUCAACACCAUUCACACGACCAAAAUAAAGCAGACCUUCAGUUCGGAUUCUGGUACUGUGACAAUUGCAAGAAACCUAAUACAUUAUGUGUCCUAUGCGAGCGUCCCAUCAAGAAAUUGGCCAUUGGUCUACUGGAAUGUGGACACGAGGGCCAUUUUGAUUGCUUCCGUGAAUGGUUCCUCAAAGAAGGUAUGACCACUUGUCCAUCAGGUUGUACAGCAACGUUGAACAUCUGA